CUGAUCCUAUCGUACCUGAUAAUAAAAGCCCUUCUUCGCCCGAACCCCUUCACCUCUCCUCAUGACAAUCAAUGGUGCCUAUUCUCCAACUCAUUCUGAUCAUCAUCACACGCAUUCAGUAUCUCUUUUGCAUCACAUCACUACCACUGGUCAUGUCCCAGCCUGAAGUUGCGGAACAUCCAGUUACUCACCCUGCCCCAUUUCAGCUUACUGUUGCGGGGUUCGGCGAGAAAAAGGAUUGGGAAACAUACCACACCUACCUACCCAUCAACCCCGAACCCAAGUUCGCUCUUGCACACCAACGGUUCCAACUCGAUUUCAGCGGCUUCGGCCAUCGUGCCGAGCAGGGGGCCCUUCAGGCGGUAUGGGUGGGGCUUAUGGUGAAGGACAUGGAGGGCCUCAUGGAGACCGAAUACCUCAUUCUGAUCGACGUUCCUACGCAAGAACCGACGGCUUCAGCACCACAGAAUCCAAUCGUCCAGCAAUGCAUUGAGCUCUAUGUCAACCAACGCAUCUCCGAACUGGGCAGCCUCCUCGGCUCACUUUUUCUCCCCCCGGUUCUGGAGGAGAUGGGCCCCCGUCCCGACAACCUGGAAUCCUUGCUGGCGCGAUCCCAUCUUUGUUACCGUCUGCAGCCCGGAGCCGACGACGACGCGGUGACCUUCGAGCCAUGGGCGACUCCCAUCCUAAACGGAGAGAUUGACUGGACCUCCGAGAUCCUGGGCGAUAUCCUCCAGAAGGUCCCGAUCUUCGCACACUCGGACAUCGAGUCCUUCCGCGAGAUUAAACGCCGCAAGAUCUACGAGGUGGUGAUCAACGGGAAGACUCUGAUCUUCAAGUUCCCUCAGGUGACGGAAACCCUGGCUCGCGAGGUGAACAUUCUCCGGAAGAUGGCCGACCGUGAGCCCGGCGUCCGAGUGCCCAAGGUGGCGGGGAUCAUCGGCGUCCAUACCUCCCAGCCGGGAAUCUUGAUGACCUCGGUUCCUUCGGGGAUGGAUUUAUCAGUCGUUCUCGGGAGUGAUCCUGACAUCAGUCGGGCCGAGCGUCAGAAGUGGUAUGACCAGGUCUCGGAAAUGGUGCGGAUUCUGCACCGGAAUGGGUGCGCCUGGGGCGACGUCAAGGACGCCAAUAUCCUGAUUGAUGAGAAUCGUGACGCGUGGCUGAUUGAUUUUGAAGGAUCCCGGACCCCCGAUUGGGUUGAUGAGGACCUGAAAGGCACAGAGGCUGGGGACUUGCAAGGGCUGAAGAAGCUCCGUGAGGUUCUGAAGCUGGAAGCUGAAGAAGUGAUUAGUCUGCAGAUGAUUUUGAAAUUGUGCUCUUCUUUCUUGGGCAUGUGCGCUUUCCUGAUGAACUCCGUUCUUUGGUCCCUGGAUCACAUUCCGGGGGUUUUUCUCACUGGGAUUCUUGUUCUGCCCUUUGUUCGAUAG